AUGGCUGUAAAAACCAACGCUGACGACAGUGGCAGCUGUGAUGCUCCACCUUCACCCAGUUUAUCCACCGCAUCUUCACUGACAUCUUCAAUUUCUUGGAUGCAAAAAUCGCCUAAUGAGCUCAUUCCAAUGCUGAAAAAUGCGUAUAGUUCUAUCAAGGACAAAGAGCGAGAUUUGAAAUUGGCAGCUGAAAUUGGAAAAUCAUUGCUCGAGAACAACAUGGCAUUAAAGACCAACUACGACCACCUGCUGUCCAGUUAUGCAGCACCCUACCCAACGCCCUCCAAUUCAUCCAACUCACUGAUCAAGCUGACAGAAGAAGACCCGGAGCAAGACCUGAAGUAUGUGCCAUCGACCACGAGAGAGGCAUUGGUGGAGAUGCUGGAAAAGAAGAACCAGGACUUAUCAUGCCAGCUUGAAAAUGUCCUUUCCAAGCAAGAGGAAUUAGACCGCUCACACACUCGAAAGGCACGUCAGUUGGAGAGCCAAGUGGAGCUACUACAGGCCAGUCUUGAUCAUGCAACCACCAAGAUUCAAGAGAUGGAAACAACAAAGAGAAAAACAUUGACCAAAGAUGGUAUCACUGGUAAUCAGCAACACGAUGAAGCAACAAACAGUGCUAUCCUCACUGUCAAUAGUAACACUGAUACGGCUGCUCGUGCUAGAAGUGGUGGCUGCGCGGGUAAUUGUGCACAAGUAAAGCUUAAAAUGGAUCAAUUAAAAAUCGAAAAUGACCAUGUGAAUCAAGCAAAAGCACAGUUAGAAAAAAACUUGUUGGACACAUUGCAUGAUUUGCAUCUGCUGAAGCAACAGUGUGAGGAUCUCCAGUUUACAAAGCAUGAUCACGAGCAGUUACAAAUGGCCUUUGAUGCACAGCAUUUGCACAUUGGCGAGUUGAAGCAGAGUUUGGAGGAGCAUCGCCAUGUGUUGACUCGACUACGAGAGCGUGGUGUCUAUUUGUCAGCAGAAGAAGACGACCAAGGGGACGAGCAAAAGAAAACCAGCCAAGGCACGGCGAUGCGAAACAAUCUAUUAACAGAACUUGAAAACGCUUGGUCUAAACAUCAAGCGCCAUCAUCAGCAUCACUGUACAGCCAAGAAGACCAAGACGACUGUAGUACAACAUCAAGCAUUCUAUUGCAACCGUUUCAAACUAUAUAUAAUCAAUUGCCAAAUGUAGACACUGCUUUGGAGUCCAUUCUGGUCAAGGCUGGUGUUGUCGAGAAGGAUGCAUUGGAUGACGCUUUAAGCCUGAUAGGUCGAUUAGAGAACGAAUACGACCAUGAAAAGUUUCUGCUGGAAAAGCGGCACCUCUGUUACAAGAACGACUAUCAAUGUCUGGACUCGCUACGGGAUGAAACGAUCAGCGGCAGCACGAGUAGCAGCGGAUUUGCCUAUUCCUUGCCUGUACAGGUAGUAACCAUGAACGCCAAGCAACCAUUGACUACUGGCUUGACUGGGUCUGUGCAGAAUGUGAUCAAAUCCAUGAUUUACAUGACAUGGAAAUGGCUGCGAUUCACACUGAUCAUGACGAUAGCCAUCUUUAUGAGCCUGAAAGAGGGUCCAUCUGCGUUAUCAUUGUAA